CUUUUUUGAAAUAGCUAUAUGUCGAUGAAACAGAUUUACUCUUUCCAGUAAUGUGGUUGACACGUUACGUCAGUUCACUGCGAGUUCAGAAAUUAAAACUCAGUGAAAUUAAGACUGAAUUGAAGAAACUAGUGAAGAGAUGAUUCUACAAUAUCAGUGAAGGAUCUCCGGAUAUUUGAAGAUCAGGCAUUAGGGACAAAAUUCAAUCCUAACUAUGAUUCAAUGAUUUGGUAUCUUUUAGUGUGAAUGCAAGGCAAAGAUAGGAAAUUUUGAGCGUGUUCAACUUUUGAUAUGGAAAUGUUAAUGUAUAAAAAGUUGGAAACUAGCCAUUAUCGAUAUAAUAUUUUCUGAUCAUUUAUGAGUUAGAAAAACUACCUGUACAUUACGCUAUUUUGGAAAAUUGCCGCAGAGGGUACACGUGGUUUUAACCCGAAGACCAAAAAAACUCUUGCUAAUCCACAACAAGCCCGCGUUGGAAAGUCCAGCUGCGAAAAAAAAACACAUUUCAACGACCAUCACAACAUUACAUUUCAGUUCUUGAGCCUGGUCGGUACUAAAACCAGUACGAAGAAAAUACCGGACAAGAAACCGACCAAGCGAAAAAUAUAAGUGACGCCGAAAAAUACCGUGACUUUCCCUAAAUCUCGCUGUACAAAGUCACGCAUUCUUACAACUCCGUGACUAGUUCCCGGAAUUGGUAAAAUCACGUGAUUUCUCGGAAGCUCGAGUCGAUUUUUAACUUGAAAGUUUAUUCCGUAGGCCAUAAAGACAUUCUUCAAAGCAAAUACGGCAAAAUGGAGUCAUUUCUCGAGGAUCUAAAGCUUCAAGUCCAGUGUUCUCUGUGUAAAGAGACAAUGGUUGAACCCAAGUUAUUACAAUGUUUUCAUACAUUCUGUAAGACUUGUAUCAAGACAAAUGCACAACUUGAUGGUCAAGUCAACAUCUUCAAGUGUCCUCAGUGUGACUCAUCAACCGAGCUCAAAGAACUCAACGACGUGGAAGACUUACAAAUCAGUCCCAUACACUCAAGAAUCGUGCAAGUCUUGUCAUUUGUUGAGAACCAGAAGGUUUGCUCAGUUUCUGCCAGCCAUAGCCAUGCAUUAUGGCAAUGUCUCGACUGUGAUCGCUCGUUGUGUUACGAAUGUCUAAACAGUCAUUCUAUAUUCACUAAAGAUCACAAAGUUGUUGCGUUGUCUGAGAUGACGAAGGAGGAUGUUGAAGUGAUGCUGAAAAAAGAAAGUCCUUGCAAAACACACGCUCAUCAAGACGUUGAAUUCUACUGCCAAGACUGUGACGAUCUUAUCUGUCUGCUUUGCUUAAGAGAUUGCCACAAAAAACACAAGAUAAUUUCACUACAGGAGUUCGCACAAGAUUCUCUGUCUCAAAACUUUGGAGAAGCCCAGAAACUGUUUGAUGACCAAGAGGAAAGACAACGCCAAGAGAAAAUUACAUUCCAAAUCAAAGAAACCUCAAGCGAGGCGCAAAAGCAGGUAAAGGAACUCACAAAGAAGCUGGUGAAAAAACUAACUGAUUGCGAACAGCAACUUUUAAAUGAAAUCCAAAAAAGCAUAACGAAGGCUGACAAGAAUUUACGCAUACUUCGUCACGCUCCAGCAGCACAAGAGUACAUCAAAUACUUCAUACAAAAUGGAACAGCAAGUGAAAUCUUUGACCUCCGAUCAGACAAAGAAGACUCGAAAACGUUCGCCUACAGACCAUUUGGGAAAUACAGAAUAGGGGUUGAGUUUAAACCCAAUGAAGGCCUUGAUGAACAAGUGAAUACUGGCUUAGGACUAGUAAGAGAGACAUUUGAAAAGGCAGACCCAAAUAUGUGCUCAUUUAAAGUUGAGCCCGAUGAAUUUGAGGUCAUGAAAAAAGCAACAUUGAAAGUGGUACUAAAUGAAGGGAAGCCCUGUGGCUCGUCCCUUGAUGAUGUGACAAUACACUUCAAAACCGAAAAAGAAGGCAGUGUAGAAGAGAAACGAGUGACAGACGACGGCCAGAUCGAAGUGACCUUUACUCCACGUGUUUCUGGUCAGUUGACAGCAAAGGUUCAAGUACAUGGAAAUCCUGUGUCCAACAGUCCACUAAUGAUGGAUGUCAAACCACAACACAUCAAGGAAAUGGCCACAUACUCAAAGUUACAAAUUGCCAUGAUUACAGGAGCAAAAUGUCCUUCAGGUGUUGCAGUAAAUAAAACCAACACUAGGAUAGCUGUAGCUGAUCGGGCCUUACAUUGCGUAAGAGUGUUCAACAUGGAUGGGGAUUUGCUAUUGUCGUAUGGUAGUGAAGGAAGAGAGGAAGGACAGUUGUGCAGACCAGAAGGUCUAGUAUUUCUUAAUGAAACAGAUUUAAUCAUACAUGAUUCUGGUAAUUAUGGUAGAAUAUGCAUGGUGGACACACUUUUUGGUAAAUUCCUGAAAACCAUAGGAGGUGGCAGUGGUAAAAUUGUUAAGGGUGACCUUAACAUAAUAACAGUCGAGAUUACUAACUGGUGGACGAGAUCUGGUGGUUUCGAAUUCCUGUUGUUCACAAAUAAUAUUGAUGAUAAAUGUGACGUUGCCAUUGCAAGAAGAGGGCCUCAUUGCGCAAUCGCGCACAAUGGCCUGCUCUACCACAGUAAUGGAUCAUGGGUACAAGUUAAACAUUUUAACUACCAUCUUCUCCAUUGGGAUGAACAAACCGCUGUAACUACAAUCACUACUAAUCGUCAUCCCAUAGGUGAAUUUAACAAUCUCGCUGUUAAUGACAGCAAUCUUUUUGUGUGCGAUAGAGAAUCACAGAAAGUUCACAAGCUUACACUUGAUGGUCGUUAUCUAGGAGCGACAUCCUCUUUAAGCUCGGCCCCUAAGUACAUAGCAGUACUAAAUGAUGGUCGGAUUAUCUGCACUACAGAUGAAGGACGGGUAUUGUUCUUUUAGACUUGGCUUAUACAGCAUAUGUCUUUUUAUGUCAAACAUUAUAUCAUUAUACUAAAUAUAUAUGAAUCAGUGAAAUCCGACAGUCCUGAAACAAAAUAAUUGGUAUAUACUCGGGUACUCAACGUCUAUAAUUAAAACGGCAUACUUCACAUGUUCUG